GCUGGGAGCACGGAGCAGCGCUGGGAGCACGGAGCAGGGCUGGGAGCAGGGCUGGGAGCACGGAGCAGGGCUGGGAGCAGCGCUGGGAGCACGGAGCAGCGCUGGGAGCACGGAGCAGGGCUGGGAGCAGCGCUGGGAGCACGGAGCAGCGCUGGGAGCACGGAGCAGGGCUGGGAGCAGGGCUGGGAGCACGGAGCAGGGCUGGGAGCAGCGCUGGGAGCACGGAGCAGGGCUGGGAACAGCGCUGGGAGCAUGGAGCAGCGCUGGGAGCAGCGCUGGGAGCACGGAGCAGGGCUGGGAGCAGCGCUGGGAGCACGGCGUGCCGGUCGCUGUAGUUCCUCUGGGCUCUGCCGAGACAUUAAGGGGAGGGCUCUUGCAGUUCCUUGCAUCAUGCAAACAGCGCCAUCACCUUAUGCUGAUGUGUCCUUCUCGUCAGAGGAGGGUAUAAAUAGCAGCAGAGCGUGUAAGGCACAACACUUAGAUAUGAAACUGUUGGCUAAAAUCUGCCUCAACCUUGGGAGAAGGAAUAAGGAUUCAAGAGAGCCACGUGUGACAGUUCUCCUUUGAUGAUCCUGUUUCUGAUGUUUCUGUUCACAGUCUGAAGACAAAGGCAUAUAAAUAAAAGCAAUAGUAUAAAAAUGGGUGUUGCAGUAAGUCGGAGACAAAUCAAAAAGCCAUAUGAACAAGAUGCUUGUUGCAUCAUGUGCUGGCAAAAAUAUCAGUUUACUUAAGGGAUUACCUGGUUGAGGAGAAAUCAGUCAUGUGUAUUUUUCUAACCUAGACCAAAGGUUAUUCCCUUCUAGCUGUUAUUCAGUGUAAAAUGAGCCAGUGUUUUCCUUGAGUUAAGCAUAGGCCUGUGCAGUAGCACUUAACAAGGAGCUGUGCUGGCAUUGCAACCUACAGGACAUGAGAAGUUGAUUGAGUUAGGUGGAACUAAGUUAAAAGAAUUUCCUUUCUGUUCAGGUCAGCUGUGGCUGCUAACCUGAGAGUACCAAAGAAUUUUUGUAAAUAAAAAGUUUGCUGUAAUUCUAGCUCCAUUUGAAGUCUUUCCAAGACUGAUUCUAAAGGUGAACACUGUUCUAAGCCUUAGAAAGUCUCAAGCAGUCACCAGAAUCCCUCCUACAAAAAUGAGGAGAUGAUGAUUGUAAGAUGAGAGCCCUUAGACAUUUCAGGAGCAGAGUUCCAAAGUCCCAGUUUACCCAUAAAAUUACUUACUCCUUUCCAGGAAACCUUGCUGGAUACUUUCUGCUCUGCUUUGGGCUCUAGUGGGUCAACUGUUGCUGGCAUUUGGAGCUUGGGAGAUUGCCAUAUGCAAUGGACACUGAUCUCAGUUCCCAGGACAGGAAGGACCUGGACAAGUUCAUCAAAUUUUUUGCUUUAAAGACAGUACAAGUAAUUGUCCAGGCCCGACUUGGAGAGAAAAUCUGUACCCGCUCAUCAUCCUCCCCAACAGGUUCUGACUGGUUCAAUUUGGCAAUCAAAGAUAUACCAGAGGUUACUCAUGAAGCAAAGAAAGCCCUGGCAGGACAGCUGCCCGCUGUUGGACGGUCUAUGUGCGUGGAGAUUUCUCUCAAAACCUCAGAGGGGGACUCCAUGGAGCUGGAAAUUUGGUGUCUAGAAAUGAAUGAAAAGUGUGACAAAGAAAUCAAAGUUUCAUACACUGUAUACAACAGGCUGUCUCUACUGCUGAAGUCUUUGCUUGCUAUAACCAGAGUAACUCCAGCCUACAGACUCUCAAGGAAACAAGGCCAUGAAUAUGUAAUAUUGUACAGGAUAUAUUUUGGUGAAGUCCAGCUGAGUGGCUUGGGAGAAGGUUUCCAGACAGUUCGUGUUGGGACAGUGGGUACCCCAGUGGGCACCAUCACUUUGUCUUGUGCCUACAGAAUCAACCUUGCUUUCAUGUCAACCAGGCAGUUUGAGAGGACCCCUCCUAUCAUGGGGAUUAUAAUUGAUCACUUUGUGGACCGUCCCUAUCCCAGCUCUUCACCCAUGCAUCCCUGCAAUUACAGAGCUGGUGAGGACAAUGGUGCAGUGUACCCCUCAGUAGAAGAUUCCCAAGAAGUGUGUACCACAUCUUUUUCCACCUCUCCUCCAUCUCAGUUGAUUGGUCCAGGCAAAGAAGGGGGAGUUCCCCCAGUUCCUAGCCAGCCAGCACAUGGCACUCAAGCUGACCAAGAGAGGAUGUGCACCCCACUGGAUGGAGUCCAUUACUCAGCAGCUACUCCUUCUAGCAGUGAGGACACAGAAACAGUAUCCAACAGCAGUGAAGGAAAGUGUGGCUCCCCACAUGACCUUUUGGAGACCAUCUUUAUCCGGAAAGUUGGAGCUUUUGUCAACAAACCCGUUAACCAGGUGACCAUGGCCAACUUAGACAUUCCUUUUGCCAUGUUUGCUCCCAAGAAUGUUGAGCUGGAAGAUAACGACCCCAUGGUCAAUCCUCCUGAAUCCCCAGAAACGGAAUCUCCUCUACAAGGCAGCUUACACUCGGAGGGCUCCAGUGGCAGCAGCACAGGGAACACCCAUGAUGACUUUGUCAUGAUUGACUUUAAACCAGCAUUUUCAAAAGAUGACAUUCUUCCAAUGGACCUGGGGACAUUUUACCGUGAAUUUCAGAACCCCCCUCAACUCAGCAGCCUCUCCAUUGACAUUGGAGCACAGUCCAUGGCAGAGGAUUUGGACUCGUUACCAGAGAAGCUGGCAGUCCACGAGAAAAACGUCAAAGAAUUUGAUGCUUUUGUGGAAACCUUGCAGUGAAGCUGUUUUCCAGUUCUGUUGCAGCAAUUCUUUCUCCUCAAGGCAUUCUGGAGAUGACAUCAACGAAUAUCUCUAUCGCCCCUGCUCUGCCUUUUGUUCACAUUGACUAGAUCCUUCCACCAAGUGAGCUUUCUUUUCAAUGACAGAUAUGGCUCAUCUGCUGAUUCUUCUCAACUCUUCCACAUAGUUCUGGACCGCUUUUCCUGUUCACAGUCAGUUUUAAGACUUCAGUAGGGACACAGGAGGUCAAACUCAAGUGUAUGGAAACUUACUAUCUCCUCAGUCUGUGUUCUGUAUGGAGGGGCUUUGUGCUAAGCUGCCAUAUGCUUCCUCCAAAGGUCCUAUGGUGUAAGUUCCCUAGGUAGAGCUCCUUGCUAACAGAUGUUUUCCUACAGUCUGAUCCUGUAAGAGCAUAGAAAGCUUUGGCUUAUUUCCAGGGUCUGUGAGUUCAGCAAAUUCAACCAUUUGAAGUCCAGGACAUCCAUUCCACAGAACUGGGCAUUUCAUCCUGACUUCAGAGUGUGUGCUUGGAGCCCAGGGAGAGACGUUAACUUUGGGACCUGCAUAAUACAAGCUACCUUUGUUUUCCUGCUUCUAAGGAACUGGGUCUCUACACAGUGAUUUUGUGCAAGGCCCUCUGUUAGGUGGCUGAUGAGCAGGAGUGAAACUACAGGAAUGCUUUCCACAUUUCCUUCCCGAGUGCCCUGACACUCAGCCAUGCUGAAUUUUACAGUGUUGACUGUUGGCAAGCCUGCACAUAGCAGCUGUGAUGAUGCUGAAUUCAUAGUCUCUGCUUCUGAAACAUAACUGUAAAUAUUAGGAAUCCUAUUUCUUUAGGGUUAUGUAACUAGGAGUCUUAGUUCAAUAUUUUUUCCUUUAAUCCUUGCAAGCCUUCCUGCUUUAUGGUUAAUAGAUGAUCUUAAGAAUUAAAAAAUAUUUAUUGCUUUUAAAGAAACCUAUAUUUAAAAGAUGUUCUGUUUUCACGUUAUAGUGCGGGUCAUUCUGUCAUGAUCACUGCGAAGAGCAAGUGUGCCAUGGAACCCUGGCCAGUGAGACUGGUCUCUCUUUGCAGGAAAAUAUUCAAGAUAUUUAUUUUCUAAGACAGACUUGAUUAAUAUUAUACCCUGGUUUGGGGACUGUGUGUCCAUUACAUCCAGUUAGAGCUCACUGAUAAAGUGAAAUGCACACAUCAGUGGAACAGAGUGGCAGGGACUUGGUAAAAAGCUGUUUUCUGAUAGGCGUGGAUGAAUUUGUAGUGUUCUUUGGCCAUUCAGAAGGCAGCUUCUUUAAAGAAGCACACUUUUUUGGGAAGCUUAUGGUACUUUUUAAUCAGCUGGUUUUUGAGUAGCUGAAAUUUUAUUUUUGUAUUAAUCUGGCCAUUGACAGUGUGACUAGCUGGCAUUACUCUAUGGGUGAUUUGGCUGUUGCAUGUCUUCUGCCUCAUGUAAGGAUGGGAGGAGAAACACUGACACUAAGCAGAAAAUUGGAUAAGGUGGGUUUUCUUGUGGUUCUCUCUCCUCCUCUCCUGUGUAACUGGAGUGAGCACCUGCAAGACCCCUUACUCUCCAAAACCGCAUUUUUUUUCCCCCCUUCUUUCUUUUAAGUGGAGUUGUGUUGCUUGAGUACUGAGAAGCACUUUCUCAGAGUGGCUGAGUAACCAGCCUUCUAGUUGGUGCAGUCUGGCAGCUUAGCUGUAUUCAGAGCUGGAAGAGAUUGCCUGCAGCUGAUGGGGGAACCCCAGCUCCACUCUGGAACACUAUUUCUGUGCGACUGCUGGAGCAAGGAGCCAAAUUCAGAACAGAGCUUACUGUCAGGCCACAGCAAUACAGUGCUCUGAGCUUUACGAAAUUUUUUGUUGAGGUGUUUGGUGGGAGGCCUUGCAAAUUCUAAAACUCCAGGUAAAAGCUUCAUUGAAGGAAAGUUACCCACCAGAACCUUUUUAUUUUACUCAACCAAUUCCAGUUUUUAGCAACUUCACAUGGAAAUUGCUUUGUCUGUUCAAAGUAAGAAGCUUCCAGGAUGAAACAGUUUGUUUGUAACACACAAAUACCUGAUUCCCAUCCAAGAGCCACCUUGUUUCACAGGUGGAAAGGGUUGCAGAAGGGUGCAGGAACACAAGGAAUUAAUGGAUCAACUGCCUCUCACCUGUGCCCAGGAAGUUGGUCUGCUACUUUGUAGGAAGCAGCUCAUAGACAGGUGGUUUAGAGACCUUCUCUAAAGUCUCUAAAGUGAUACUAUCUGGGCUGCAGAGCAGCAGAGAUGAGGUGAAGUGCUGGUUCACACUGUACAAAUAGAGAAUAGUUGAGGUUAAACUUCAUCUAGCCAGCACUCCUGCUGUGCUCAUCUGCUGCCAAGCUGUGGAGCUGGCAGGGAGCAGUGCCAUUCUUGUUAAUCCCACCCAAGAGGUCGGGGCUUGUACUUGUCCUCCUUUAUUGAUGGAGAUCCUAAUGUGGCAGAUACAGCUCUCACAUCUCAUAAGGCAGAAUGUCACUGUGGCACAUUUUCUUCUCUUCAAAAGGCUGGAAAAUUGCCUAUAUAAGCUGCUAGUGUUGAGCUGGAUGGCCAUAGCAAUAAGAGAUUCUCCAGGGCUGAGUUACCUGCCUCUUCUCUGGACAUUCCUCAGUUUCAACACAGAAUUGCUACAUCUAGGUUCUGAGUUCCCUGACACUGCACAAAUGCCCUGCUUCAGUCAAGAUCUAGCUGCUGCUGUGGCCUGCCACAGAUUGUGUUAUGAAGGCUGUUUAUUUUAGCAGCUCUCUGCUCGACUCAAUAUUAAGGACAGUAUGUACAUGGCUGCUGAUUUACAGAUACUUUGGGUGGAGGGGAAGGCUCCUCAAGUGUAUUGUUUUGGAAAGUCUCCGGUGUACUUCAAGUAUUCAAAGAAUUUCCAAUAAAACUUUUGUGUAAGCAAUA